AUGUCUUUUCGAUGGCGUAGAGCAAGUACUUAUACUCCUCCACGUUAUCGUUUCCAGCGUGGCUUUCAGAACAACGCUACAGGGUCUGGUCCCUUCCGUUCCGCAGCAUUUGCUAAUCGAUUUCGUUAUCGUAGAAGUAAUAUCGGUUCUGCAGUGCCAACUAUGAGUUCUCACACGACUACCUCAAAUCGGCCAAUGUGUGUAGGGACAGAUUCAUUUCGUAAUGUACUUAGAAAUCAUUCUAUUCGUGCAAAGAGGGGAUCAGCCUAUGUUUUUCCAUCGAGUAAAUCAAUUUUUAACUAUCGUAGCAAGUCUUGGAUUGUGAGUAAAACUAAAUUAGAGUCUCAUUCGGAGUCAUCGUCGAAGAAUCCAUUUGUCUUUCAUAAAUCUGCUCAAAGAAAUGUUAUUACGCCUACUCAUCCCUAUAGGUUGUCCGUGAAACGAGCCAUUAAUAUGAAUCGUCGGUUUGUGCGCCAAAUUUGUCAAGAUUAUGUAAAGUCGGGUUGCUGUGAAAGCGCAGAUAAUUGCCCUCUUCUUCAUAAUUCAGAAUAUCUCCGAAUUUGUCCCAAGUUUCUUCAGAACAUAUGCCUGCUUGGUGAACAGAGAUGUCCUCUUGCUCAUGUUCUAGAUCCAUGCCGAAUUCCACAAUGUGUAUACUUUGCAAAGGGAACUUGUUCGCGUUCUAAUUGCAACUUCCUUCAUAUCAAAUAUCCUCAGGGGACACUCGCUUGUCAGGAUUUUCUAAUCGGUCGAUGCAAAAAGGGGUCAUCCUGCAAGAAACGACACAUUUGGCGUGGCGAUAUUGACGUCAAUAAGAAUGAAAAAACCGAAUCUGCGUCACAAUCUAAGACCAAAGCCGAAGAUAUUGCUAAUGAAUCUGAACUUUUAGGUUCUCUUCGAAAUGCAAAAGUCGUGCCAGAUUUUAUCCCCUUUCGUAUUUCUGAUGACUAA